AUGCCCGAGUUGCACAACCGCGAGAAGGUCCUUGUGCAGUACCGCCUCCUCAAAGACUUCGAUGACUUGCGUCGACGUGGGAUCCCCGGCAUUGAUGUGCGGGUAAUGGAAGACAACAUCUACGAGUGGCAUGUCACCAUGAGCCCCAUCUCGGGCCACUUCAGUGGGCUCCGCAUCCACAUGGUGCUCCUCAUGCCCGAGGACUACCCCAGGAAGCCCCCCAAAGUAGAGCUCUACAACUUCCUGCCGCACGCCAACGUCUUCCGAGAUUUCCUCCAGAGUCUCCAGAACACAUCUUUGGCAUGGGCCGGCUAUUGGCAGGGCAGCAGCCCAACUCGCGCGAAGUAUGUCCUUUGCACAGACCUCCUCGAGCUCAGACCCCCGCCCCUGGACCCAAACGACUCCAGAAGGCAUGAGGGUUGGAGUCCCUCUUACAGCGUGGAGGCUGUUCUGGUGCAGCUGCAGUGCCUACUCUUCGAUGACUACGUGCAUGCAGACAGCGGCCACCACAUCAACACGCUCUGGGACAGUUGGUACUCACGGUCCGGGGAGGGCCGCAAGAGCCGCCAGCAGGUCUGCGCUGAGCUGCACCAGGCGCAGCUCGAUGCCGACAGUUUCCACUGCCCCGCCUGUGGCUACUGCGGCCUCGACGACAGCGUGGCCUUCUACGAUGCCCCGGAGGGCGCGAAGAGCAGCGAGGAGGAGUCGGAGUCGGAAGCCGAAGAGUGCGAGGAGCAGAAGGGGACCAAGAGGGAGCACACCUUCGUGUCCCGCAAGAAGCAGAAGAAGAGGGAGCUCGAGAAACUCAAGGUCGCUAAGAAUCCGAAGGUCGAUUUCAAGCAGCAAAGGCUCUACAUGGAGAUCGCCAACUCCAACUCCGCCCUUCGCAGCGGCCACGCCCUGAGGCGUGUGCCCGGUGUCUUCCGGGUUCGCGACGUGGUCUCCUUCCGUUUCCAUGGCGUCCCUGAUGAGGUGUACUCGAACGGGCAUCUGUGCAUCAACAGGGACCUGCAGAUCUUCAACUAUGGUCACGAGGUGGAGUAUCCUUGGCGAUGGUUUGACCCCAUGCUUGACGGCUUCGUUUAUAGGCGACAGCAGCCACCAGAGGAGGAGGAGGACAAGAAGACCGGCAAGGUGGUUUGGGAGCGAUUUGUCAAUUCCCAGAAUGGUGGAGGCAAGCUGAAAGCAGAGGACACACCUGGCACGGAGGCGUUUGUGAAGAAGCGGGAGCAGUUCUUCCCUGUGGGAGUCGUCGAGAGUGUGAAUGCAUACACUUGCACCGUGAACAUUGUGAUUGUGGAGAACGAUGCGACGAUGGGCUCAGCGACAGCACCCUUAACUAACAAGUGGGGUGAGUGGGCUUUCAACAGCGAGCAGCAUUCUUCGGGACUCAAAGCGACGCUGUACAAGAACAUUCCCAUGGAGAAGGCGUGCAUCCACGGCUACGAGGGCUUCGUCGCGCCUUACGACCACCCGCCACCUGCGGUGUACAAGCCGGUUCCCGGCCACUACACGGCGGACGAGUUCCUGGCCUACGACGUCACCAAGGAUUCCCCGGUGGAACUCUUGCAGCUCCUGGAGAAGGGGGAAGAGGUCAAAGGCCUCACCCGGCAGAAGUUGGCAAGGCUGCCCGAGCGGCCCCUCCUCCAGAAAGAGGCGCCAACUUCAGAGCUCAGCUCCAUCCUCGAGGGCUGGGAGGUGCUUGGAGAGGGCUCGAGCCUCGAAGGGUCGGAGCUCGAGCUGUGGUCGCUUUGCGAGAGCGACAGCUGGGAUUUGGUCUCCCGGGCAUCUCAAAGCAACCGCAGCUUCGAGGUGGUGAAUGUGGUCUCCGAGCAAUCCGGCUCCUUGUCCCACUCCUUUCACGUGGUGCCCAGCGGUCUCUCCGCCCUCAGCUCAUCCCUGGGCAGCUACGACCUCGUGGCCUCGCAGGCGGUCGCCAAACAGAAGAGCCCCAAGCACUGUCGUUGGCAAACUCCUGCUUUCCGCACCUCGCUGCGGGUGCUCAUGGGACGCGGAGAGAAAUGGGACGAGUAUGGUGGGUAUGGUUCGCAAGCAGCUGCUUGGCACAAGCAUCUGUGGAAGGGAGCCUAUUCCCCCAAGGCUGGGGGCCAACCGCCCUGGAAGAAAGGCGGAGGCAAGAACAAGCCUGUGGAAGCCAAGACAGCCUUCCCAGCUUUCGAUGCCAAGCCACCGAAGCAGGACCCCCAGCCUCGUGCUGGGCCACGCCCCGAUGCUGUUUUGCUGGACGACGACGAGGAUGGCCAGUUGGUACCGUCGGUCCAGAAGGCUCUGAAUGGGGCUCGCAAAGCGGAAAACCGCUUGACGAAGCUAAGCAAAGAUCGGCAAAAAGCGGAGCAGCAAUGGAAGGCCUACCUUGUGGACUCGAAGAACGCGUACCUACGCGAGAAAGACAGGUAUUUGCGCGCAAUGCAGCACUUUACCAAGGAGAUACAAGAGGCCCAGGAGGUCCAACGUCAAGCUCGGCUGAUCCUACGCCAAGUGGCUCUAGAGGAGGAGACGGGGAAGGAUAUGGAGACCGAAGAAGGUGCCGCGGACGAGGACGAAUGGGCUCAGAUGGUCCGCGAUUGGGAAGCGGACAAGGCGGAAAUGGACGAUGGGCUGCUGAGGCGAGCCUUACGAGAGCGCGAAGUCAGGUCUACCACGACUGGUUCGCCGAAGACUACGGCAGCACUGCCGGCUCCGGAGCCCGCCGCUGCUUCUCCGGCCCCGUCGCAAUACCGGCCCAUGUACAACGAAAGCUCGCCUGUACAUGCUGCAAGAUCCGACCCCUAUGCUAUGACAUCUCCCCGAGUGGAGCGGGGACCCUCAAUUGGCAAGUCUGGGGCGGAUGUUGCGAGCACUGUCGCCCAGGACAUGGGAACCUCGCCUGUCGGCCCCAAGGCCAGGAUGCCGAUCCGGUCCGAGUCUACCGACAAGUCGUCAGCCAGCCGUGUCGAGGCCAAGUUACAGAAAAGGCGAGCGCUGGCGCCUUUCGGGCUGUCACGCCCGAUACCCAAUGCGGCCGAACCGACAGGGUUCGAUGCGGCCGUUGGGUUCCUGGACGACGACGAGGACGACGCCGAUCUCGCGGAGGAGCUCUCUGCGGAAGCCAUCGCACAUCUGCAGCGAGCCCGAGGUCCGGCCGGACCAGCACCUACCACAUGA